AUGGCGAUUCCAUUAAAAUUUUCCAAUGACAAUAUAAUAUACCAAUUUGAAAAAGGUACAACUAGAAUAUCUGCUGAAAAUGAUGACUUGGAAUUUUUAAAAUAUGCUCAUGAAAAUAGAUGUGAAUGGGAUGAAAAUACGACUAUUGUGGCUGCUGCAAAAGGCUGUAAAUGGGAUGAACGCAUAACUACUGCAGCUGCUGUAGGAGGUCAUUUAAACAUUUUAAAAUAUGCUCAUGAAAAUAAAUGUCCGUGGAAUGAAAGUACAACAGAAGCAGCUGCAAAAAACCUAGACAUUUGGAAAUAUGCUCACAAAAAUAUAAGCCAAUUUAAUCAAAUCCUAACUACUAUAGCUGCCUACACAGGUAAUUUACACAUUUUAAAAUAUGCCCAUGAAAAUAGAUAUCCGUGGGAUGAAGACACAACAAAAGCAGCGGCUUCUAACGGUCAAUUAGAAUGUUUAAAAUAUGCCCAUGAAAAUGAAUGUCCAUGGGAUAAAAGAACAACAGAAGCAGCGGCUUGUAACGUUCAAUUAGAAUGUUUAAUAUAUGCCCAUGAAAAUGAAUGUCCAUGGGAUGAAAGCACAACAGAAGCAGCAGCUUAUAACGGUCAAUUAGAAUGUUUAAAAUAUGCCCAUGAAAAUGAAUGUCCAUGGGAUGAAAGCACAACAGAAGCAGCAGCUUCUAACGGUCAAUUAGAAUGUUUAAAAUAUGCCCAUGAAAAUGGAUGUCUGUGGAAUGAAAAUACAACAGAAGGAGCUGCCUCUAACGGUAAAUUAGAAUGUUUAAAAUAUGCUCAUGAAAAUCAAUGCCCUUGGAAUGAAUUCACGACAACAGCGGCUGCUUUUAAUGGUAAGUUAGAAUGUUUGAAAUAUGCCCAUGAAAAUGGAUGUCCAUGGGAUGGUUCUACAACAGAAGCAGCUGCCUCUAAUGGCCAAUUAGAAUGUUUAAAAUAUGCCCGUGAAAAUGGAUGUCCAUUGGAUGAUAUCACAACAAUAGCGGCUGCUGCUAAUGGACAUUUAAGGUGUUUAAAAUAUGCUCAUGAAAAUGCAUGCCUUUGGAAUGAAAAAACGACAAUAGCGGCUGCUUCUAAUGGUAAAUUAGAAUAUUUAAAGUAUGCUCAUGAAAAUCAAUGCCCUUGGAAUGAAUUCACGACAACAGCGGCUGCUUUUAAUGGUAAGUUAGAAUGUUUGAAAUAUUCCCAUGAAAACGGAUGUCCAUGGGAUGGUUCUACAACAGAAGCAGCUGCCUCUAAUGGCCAAUUAGAAUGUUUAAAAUAUGCCCGUGAAAAUGGAUGUCCAUUGGAUGAUAUCACAACAAUAGCGGCUGCUGCUAAUGGACAUUUAAGGUGUUUAAAAUAUGCUCAUGAAAAUGCAUGCCUUUGGAAUGAAAAAACGACAAUAGCGGCUGCUUCUAAUGGUAAAUUAGAAUGUUUAAAGUAUGCUCAUGAAAAUCAAUGCCCUUGGAAUGAAUUCACGACAACAGCGGCUGCUUUUAAUGGUAAGUUAGAAUGUUUGAAAUAUUCCCAUGAAAACGGGUGUCCGUGGGAUGAACGCACAACUAGAGCUGCUGCAGAAAGUGGAAGUUUCAACUGUUUAACUUAUGCCCAUGUAAAUGGAUGUGUUUGGGAUGAUAGUACAACUAGAGCUGCUGCUGCUAGUAGCUGUUUAGACUGUUUAGUAUAUGUUCAUGGAAAAGGAUGUAAUUGGCAUAAAGAUACCAUAGUUGCAGCAGCUGUGCAUGGUAAUUUAAAUUGUUUAAAAUAUGCCCGUCAACAUGGAUGUGAUUGGGUUGAAGGUAAAAUGAGAGGGGCUGCAGCAAAUGGACAUUUAGACUGCUUAAAGUAUGCCCAUGAAAAUGGUUGUGAGUGGGACGAAGGCACUACAAGAGAAGCUGCUGCUAGUGGUCAUAUUAACUGUUUGAUAUUUGCACAUAAAAACGGUUGUAAAUGGGAUGCAGGUACAACGAGUGGAGCUGCUGCAAAUGGUCAUUUAGACUGCCUAAAAUAUGUUAAUGCUAAUGGGUGUGAAUGA